AAUUUCAAUUGGUUUAUGAACGCGAACAUGUUAAGUAUGUGCGUUAGGUAGAAUGUGAAUGCGCCAAUGCAUAAUAUACCAUCUCAUUUAUUCAGUAUUUCAUAUAUAUCAUUUGUUGAUGCUAUCACUUUUUGUGUAUUUUUAUGUGCUGUCGAUUUUCGACCAAACGUAGCGCAUAUUCUACACUAUCAAGAUUAAAAGAUUGACGGAAAAACGGAACUAGUAUCAACGCACCUCAUUCACGGACGGUCGGACGUUGUCAUUUGAAAACGGAAGCCAUCUUGUGGCCGAGCCUCACAUAUUAUACAGGGAAUAAUAGUUCAACGACUAUUUGUUCCGUAAAAUUGUACCGUAUUUUUUCCAUUACGUCUAGACUAUGCAUGAAUUAUUGUAUCACAUGUUUACAUAGCCAUGGCUGCGACGAGAAAGUUGCAAGGUGAAAUAGAUCGGUGCCUUAAAAAAGUAACAGAAGGUGUAGAAACAUUUGAAGAUAUUUGGCAAAAAGUUCAUAAUGCUACAAACAGCAAUCAGAAGGAGAAAUAUGAAGCAGAUCUCAAGAAGGAAAUCAAAAAACUCCAGAGGUUACGUGAUCAAAUUAAAACCUGGCUUGCAUCAGGUGAAAUUAAGGAUAAAAGCACACUUCUUGAAUAUAGGAAGUUAAUUGAAACUCAAAUGGAAAGGUUUAAGGUUGUGGAAAGAGAAACAAAAACAAAAGCUUAUUCAAAAGAAGGUUUAGGAGCAGCUCAAAAACUUGAUCCAGCUCAAAAAGAACGGGAAGAAGUUAGUAAUUGGCUUGCAAAUUCUAUAGAUGCUUUGAAUCUUCAGCUGGAUACAUUUGAAUCCGAGAUAGAAUCAUUACUCGCAGGAAAGAAAAAAAGGUUAGACAAAGAUAAACAAGAUAGGAUGGAUGAAUUAAAAGCAAAACUUGAUAAACAUCGUUAUCAUAUUCGUAAAUUGGAAACAUUGUUACGUAUGUUGGAUAAUAUGUCUGUUGAAGUUAACACUAUUAAGAGGAUAAAAGAUGAUGUAGAGUAUUAUAUCGAAUCCUCACAGGAACCUGACUUUGAGGAAAAUGAAUAUAUUUAUGAUGAUAUUAUUGGUCUCGAUGAAGUUGAACUGUCUGGAGUUGGUAUUCCCUCAUCAGCAACUACAGAUAGUAAUAAUAGCAAUGAGACUGGAGGUACACCAACCUCAACUAAUUCUGGUACUUCACCUAUACCAUCACCUCCAUUAAGUUCUACCAUGCACAAUCAUUCAAGUGAUAGUUCUACAGAUAAUGAUAAAAAAACAAAGCCUGUGAAACCAACAGCAGUCAGGCCAUUAUUAAAUUCACAGGCGAGCAUUCCAACCACGGGAAGCACUGCCACCAUAAAAUCGAAUUUAUUAUCAAGCAGCACUCCAAGCAAAACCAUUCCCAUGACACCUAGCCAUAGCUCGCCUAGUUCUACAAGUAAUCACAUUGCUACAACUAAUGCCGGCAAUUUUGCUACAGUAGCUGCUUCACAUACUAAUUCUCAAGCCAUCCAUUCUACCUCUAGUAAAACAUCUUCUCAUAGUAGUGAAAAUGGUUUAUUAUCAUCAUCGUCCACGUCUAGCGUUACCUCGAAUGUGCCACAAACGAUCUCGCAGCAGCACAAUAAUCCAGCGCCUAUACAGACGACACAUGUGUUGCAUAAUCAACAAAAUCAGAAUCACAGUAGUGAAACGGAAAUGACAACGCCGAUUCCACCAUCUUCUUCGCCUCAGUCAUCAGUUAGCAGUAGAUCUUCACCUUUGCCCGCAAAUUCCUGCUCGCCAGCGCCAUCCACUGCCAAUGGUCUCAUCCCUAAGCUUCCUGAUGGCAUGUCCUCUUUGAAAUCUAUAGCCCAACAAGUAAUUGUCCGAGCAGGUCUGGAAAUACCGCCGUCCGAGUCGAACAGAAACAUCUUUGACAGUGCUAAGGCGAACAAUAAUAACAGCAAUGCUACUUCGGAAGCACACAUUCCUCCUCUACUCGGUGUUGCGCCACUCGGACCAGUACCUCUACAGAAAGAACAUCAGUUGCAGUUCCAGAUGAUGGAGGCUGCUUACUACCAUAUGCCUCACCCAUCUGAUUCUGAACGUUUAAGAUCAUAUUUACCAAGAAAUUUAUGUCCUACACCUCCUUAUUAUCAACAGGUCCAACUUCCUCAUUCUGAUACUGUGGAAUUCUUUCAACGUCUUUCUACUGAAACGUUAUUCUUCAUAUUUUAUUAUAUGGAAGGUUCUAAAGGCCAGUACCUGGCUGCAAAAGCUCUAAAGAAACAAAGUUGGAGGUUUCAUACAAAAUAUAUGAUGUGGUUUCAAAGGCAUGAAGAACCAAAAGUGAUUAAUGAGGAAUAUGAACAGGGAACCUACAUUUAUUUUGAUUAUGAAAAGUGGGGACAGAGGAAAAAGGAAGGUUUUACAUUUGAGUACAAGUACUUAGAGGACAGAGAUCUGAAUUAACAGUUUUGUUGUUUGUGGAGUCUCCGAAUGCACUAUUUCUGUACCGGUAUUAUCAAAAAUCGAAAAGACAGAUUUUAUUUUUUACAAUUCUAUAUUUUCACAAAAUAUAAUUUUAUUUAUUGGUAAAGAGUAUCUCAGAAAAAAGUAUAUGAAACAAAAAUGAAAGAAAAGCUCGUGCAUAGCAAGCAAUGAAGAUACUUCAUUAUAUUUUGACAUUGCGAUAUUCCUUUUCGAGAAAUAGAAAAGCAAAACACGAAUCACGCAAUUGAAAGAAACAAAAAUGCAACUAAUGGAGUAAGUUAAUCGGGGACAGUAAAUUGUAACCAUAAAAAAUAAUGAAUGAAAAGCACCAGAGACACACUUUUAAUAUUUUAGUGUGUGGUGUGUGAUACAAGAGGAAGAAGUUAUACUCGCUGGCGACUGACUCUGUAAUACCAGUACAAACAUGCGUGCGGCCCAUCUGCCGUUUAGCGGUAAGGUGGAGGGCGCUCAUGCUAUGGUAUGUCUUAAUGUUAGAUUAUAAGUAGCCUUUUUGUAUAAAGUAUAUUGAGGUAUAAAACCCUUAAAUUGAAUUACUGUACAGAAUGUGUAGAAAUAGUGAAUAAUAAUAUUAUGGAAUAUAUUUUAUUUCUCAUUUAAAUGAAACUUAAGUUGUUUCAGUUUUUGGCAUCUGACACAUCUCUGACACCUUGCAUUCAGAACAUUCCAUCCAUUAGAUUUCUGCCCUCGACCAGGUUACUUAUAGAUACGUUCUAACAGUUUAAACACGAAUCUUGAACUCGUCGUCGAAGUCAAAAUAGCUAUUUGAUAAUUGAUUUAGCUAUUUCUUUAAUGCAUAUCCUGCUAAUUCAGGAAAUUUUGGUUUAAUUCUUUUUUAGCAAUUUUUACGUGCAACGUAUGUUUAUCGAAUGAUGAUUCGUGAUAAUUAUUGUGCAUAUGUAUUUAUAAAAUAAUAAAAUAGAGAGAGAGAACGAGAGCGAAUGAGAAAUAAAGCCAUAUUGUACGAAUUUAUUUAUUAUAAAUUAUCGAUAUUAUGUCAUGUGCGAUAAAGCAUCUGUGAUUAAAAAAAAAAUAGAGAGACUCUCUCGGUAGUUUGAUAUGUAUAUAUAUAUGUAUAUGUAUAUAUAUUGUAUAUGUAUAUAUAUAUGUGUGUGUAUAUUUCCUUAUCUUUUUAAUCUUUCUUGUUAAAUGAUGCAGAUAGUAUCGAUAUUUAAAAUAAAUAAAUUCAGACAAAAAGCUUUUACUUCAAAAAUUGAAGUGAUCGCCUGCACACGUGUUAUUUAUCACUAAAAAAGCCUUCGACAACGAGAUUAGGCAUAUUGCAUUCGUUAGUAAUAAAAAAAAGUUGAGAUUUCUCACCUGAUCGAUUUAGCUUUACGAUGAUGAUUAAACUUAUUGAACAAAGAAUAGAUAUAUUCUAAGCAAAUACUCUUGUUAUAAAUGAAAUUGCGACGACCACUAUAUUUGCAUGAUAGUAUCUACCCAUUGAUUUUUUUCAAUUUACUUCAAAGAUAACAUUCGAUGACUACAUCGAAUAAUCAUAUUUCUUGAGAAUACGAAAAAUAUUAUAGUAAAUGUUGAUUUAUAAGUUGUAACGUGUUUCAGAUUUAUUCUUAACAUAUUUUGCAAACAUUUUGCAAUAUGAUUAUAUCAACAAUAUCAAUGACCCUUCAAUGGUGUUCAUUAUUUUAACGUAUAUCGAAGGUGUCAUGCUUGUUACAUUAAUGGAAGUUAGAUGGAUAAGAAUUGCAAUUUAUAUUACAGCAUUUUAAUUAGCAUAUUUUAAAGUGAAUACCACAUACAAAUUGAAUCAAACAUUUUUCAUUUUAUGCAGUAUUACAUUAUUUUUCAAUGCACCUUUGAUGAAAAUCGUUUUACAGUCUGAUGUAUAGAAAAAAAUAUAAUGUUAUAUGCGAAAGAUAAAAAAUAAGAAUUUGUUGCUACUUUAUACAGUUGAAUACUGUCGCUUUUAUAUAUAAAUGUUGCAUUUUAAUUAUAAAAGUAAAAUGGAACAUUAUUGUUCCUGGGUAUUUUGUAUUAUGAAACCAUGUAGAAUAUUUUAUUUUCUAUAGAAAUUUGAAAAAAAAAAGUUAAUGAAUUAUAUAUUUAA